UUGUUCGGUUUUCAUUUCACAUUUUCUGGAUUGUGAGAACGGAAGAACUGAGAACAGAGUUUUGGUUUAAUAAGUUUCUUGUUUGUCAAUUAGUAUUUUUCUAGUUUGUUCUGAUCAAUAAACUAUCAAAUAUGUUUGUGUAAAUUUUAGUAUUUGAACUUAGAAGUCUAAAACAAUAGAAUUUAGGUGUUUGACUAAACUAAUACCUGUCAAUGAAUGACCGGGCUGCGGUUCACCUUGUCAAAUAAUUUUGAUUUUAAUAUUGAUGAAUUUGUAUAGGUAACUCUACAAUUUUUUAUAGAUUUAAUUUUUUUGUAAUUGAAGGAUUAGAAAUAACUAUGAACCCCUGCGUUGUAGCUUGUGUACCAGUAGAUCCUCAUGGAGACGACAGAUGGAUGAGCCAGCAUAAACGGCAUGUUCUUGAAACAAGAGAAAGAGAACCCGAAGUGUUAUUGAUUGGUGACUCCAUAAUCCACCAUCUACAGUACCGACCAAUUUGGAAUGAACUAUUCGAGCCACUUCACUGUCUUAACUUUGGUAUAUCGGGUGACUCAACACAGCAUGUUCUGUGGAGAAUCCAAAACGGGGCUCUAGAAAACAUCAAACCAAAGGUAAUAGUUCUAUUAGUUGGUACAAAUAACGUCUCAAAUACAGCUGAAGAAGUAUCGGAAGGAAUUAUAGAAAUUGUGAGAACCAUCAGAGGCCUUCAACCAGACUGCCAAAUUGUUGUUAUUGAUCUCCUGCCUAGGGGUCAGUUGCCGAACGAACUGAGAGAAAAGAAUGCAGCCGUCAAUAAGUUGGUGCGCUCCAAGCUGGCCGGCUGGCCGAAAGUUGAGAUUGUAGCAUCAGACAAGGGCCUGAUCCAGCAGGAUGGCACCAUCAGUCACCUGGACAUGCUCGACUACCUGCACCUCACUGAAGGCGGCUACCGGAAAGCAUUCGAGUCACUGCAUGAGCUGCUGCUACAGUUGCUCAGUGAAGGAGAGGAGGAGAAAGAUCUCACGCCUUCCGAAUGAACGCCUUCGGCAGUGUAACCAUUCCUAGGAACUCAUUAUUACAAUUGAAAGUUAUGCUACGAUAUCCUUUUCUGCCGAAAUAACUUUGGUUAUAAUGAAAUGUUCUAGUUGAAUGUCAAUUUUAUACAUUCAUCUAUCAUGGGUGGAGAAAUACUUAUUCGUCAAUGGUAUACAUUCAUCUAUCAUGGGUGAAGAAAUACUCGUUUGACAACAGCUUGAGAUAACUUUAGGGCCAGACCAUAUUAAUCGUUUUUCAUACGUUUUCAGACGGAGUUAUUAUAGUCGGCAGGGCAGGAAGCUCUCCGAUUGGCUGAUUGGGUUGUCGCCUGAAAAACACUUGUAGCUGCGUACAGACUUGAGCGCCACGAACACGCGCAUUUCACUUUUUAAUCAGCUGAUGCUGCGCAUAUUAUAUCUGUACCUUAGGCUGGGCGUACACCGGUUAGUCAAGACAAGACAAGACAUGAUCAGACACAAUACUUCACAUAGUUGCUUAUGGAGACAUGUCAAAUUGCAAUGACUAAUCAGUCUGAGUUGCGUCACAAGCAGCUAUGUGAAGUAUUGUGACUAAACGUGACUAGUCUUGUCUUGACUAAACGGUGUACGCCAAGCCUUAGGGUAGGCACACACCAGUUAGUCGAGAUAAGACAAGAAAUGAUCAGACACAAUACUUCACAUAGUUGCUUAUGGUGACAUGUCUAAUUACAAUGACUAAUCAGUGUGUGUUGCGUCAUAAGCAACUAUGUGAAGUAUUGUGUCUGAUCAUGUCUUGUCUUGUCUUGUCUUGACUAACUGGUGUGUGCCCAGCCCUUAUGUUUCUGUACAUAUACAGUUAUAAUACGCUGAUCAAAAGUUAAAUGUGCGUGUUCGAGACGUUCAAGUCUGUACACAGCUUAAUGUGGGCUGGCCCUUAGUUAUUAAUGAAAAUUGUCAGGUUGAAUGAUAAUGGCACACAUUCACCUAUCAUGUGUGAAUCAUCCAACAUCUAAUCAGCUUUAAUGUAUUACAUUUCUUGUGUGAUUGGUUUUGUAAUUUUCUCAGGUUUAUAUCUAUUGAUAUGCAAAGUAGUAACAGUGAGAGAAUGUUUGAUUGUUUAUUGUUAUGAAGAGAUCAUUACAAUCAUGUGGUUAUGUGUUGGGAAACUAGAAAGUUUAAUAACUAUUUUUUUCAAAUUGCAAAUUAAAAUUCGUGGAAUAUUGUCAUCAUAAAAUAAUUCAACGUUUGUGGAAAACUGGUCACUUUAAUCGAGCAUUUUUUUAUACUGAUUAGAAAGAAUUAUACAUUACAAUAUUCAUAUUAAAAUAUUUUGUAACUUAUAGUAGUGAAUGCAACUCUGAAACAUAAAUUACAAAGAUGCAAACUUCUAUUUGUAAAAAAAAUCCAUCAUAGAAUCGGGUAUAGAGCAAGACUUAUAACUAAUACUCAACUUAUUACUUUGAGUUUUGUAACUUCUUCAAUUAUUCAGUAAACUACAUUACAUCAAAGGAACAAAGUGUUUACCAAAAUUACUCCAAUAAUUCAAUGAAGCGAAGGAAAUGUCUCUGUUCAAAGGAAACAGUGUCUUUGAAGUUGAAAAAAUAGAAAAGAUUAGAAUAUGUGCAAUUAUAGCUCCAUGUCUCGUACAAGUUUGCAGCUUCUCCUUCUCUUGAAAACAUAUUGCUUCAACUAUUCACAUUCUCUGGCUACAUUUAUCAUGUAGUCUCUUGUUUAUGAAUUCUAUUUUUUGUAGAUGAUCAGUGAAGUUCACUUCAGAAUGUUUUGAUUGUGGUAGUCUCUUAGUAUCCUCUAAUAUUUUUUAUGGUGACUAAUUUAGUUAGAAAAAUGAAGUUGCAUGCUUCUAAACCCAAAGACGCUACCCAAAAACUAAUUAUAUAAUAAGCACAUAGUUUAUAGUAGGUUAGGAAUAAAAUACUACUCAUCUCAUUAAUUAUUGAAUUUGAAGGAAAUUUCAAAAUUCGUUCAAGUAAAUUCACUGUAUAAUAUUGUUUUCCUGCUGUCUGAUAAAAUGUUAAGAUAUCUUAACUUUUUGUCAUUCCUUGAACCUUUUUGUUCUUUCAUUGCCUGCAUUCUUAACUGAUGUCGAAGUUAGAAGAUGUUUCAGCAUUUUUCAUUAACAUCAGUGGAACUGUCUCAACUAUGAACUAUAUGUCUUAACUGAUAACCUAUCUAUCAUUCCCAUCAAAUCCAUUUGUUCCUAAUCACCACUUAAUUAGCUAGCUUUUUACUGUAGUUGAAUCACUCUCAGUUGUCACUAAUCGAAUGUGCAUUUGGUACAAAUAAUUUAAGGAAAUCAGCAUCCAAUUAUCAAUCAGAAUAUUAUAUUAUUCAUGUUUAAAUCACUGUGAAAUCAUAAUUUCUUAACUUUGUAUAACUUCACGAUUUGUAGAUUUUAAUAACCGCUGCAGAAAUUUAAAUUUGUAUGAAAUCAACAUUGAUGUUUAUGAAUUCAUUUACUGUUAAAGAAAUGCUAAUGAAAUCUCAAAAAUAUUCAAGUUUUGAGAAUUUAUCGUUAUCUAGUCUAAAAGUGGAAGCAAAUUUUUCCAAAGCUAUCAAUUUGAUCUCUAGGAGGGAGAGAAAUAGUAUUUCUUCAAUUUUUAAGCACAUUCCACACUCUUAACAAGAUAGCCCAUAAUAAUUAUUGAUUAAAAAAAUCCGUUUGUCAAGCUCUCUUAUAGUGUGGAUCCAGCUUUAUUCAUUUCAAUAUCACUUCUGUAAAAUGUGAUUCAUCAUUUAAAAUAUUAUCCACCACUUAUUUAAAAACUACUUAACUACGGGUGUAAAACUACUAUCCUUUUCUAAGUUUAAAUUCUCAUUUGUAAGAAAAAUUAAAAUUUGUAAAUUGGUAGCCUAGUAGGCUAUCUUAUUCCACUUAACUUUCUCAACU